AUGGCAAGUGUGGAGAAAGCUCAAUGUAUCAUCUCUGUUCUCAAUACUUACCAGGAGGCUUCAGGUCAAAUUGUGAAUUUGGACAAGUCUGAGGUUUCAUAUAGUCGUAAUGUGCAUAAUCAUGAAAAAGAAAUCAUUUGUCAAAGGAUUAAUAUAAAGACUAUGAAUACCUAUUCUAGAUACCUAGGCUUGCCGGUGAUUUUUGGUAGGUCUAAGAAAGAGGUUUUCUCCUUUGUCCAAGAGAGAGUGUGGAAGAAGAUCAAAGGUUGGAAAGAGAAAUUUUUCUCCCGUGCUGGGAAAGAAACUUUAAUCAAAGCGGUUGCUCAGGCUAUCCCAAAUUACAUCAUGAGUUAUUACAAGCUGCUAGAAGGUUGUUGUGAUGCUGUGGAAGGAAUGCUGGCCAAAUUUUGGUGGGGUUCUGAUGAAUACAAGAGGAAAAUUCACUGGAUGAGAUGGGCAGGCUCGGAGAAACUAAGAAGAGAGAGGGCUUGGGCUCUUGGUCUUUCAUUGAUUUUAACAAAGCUCUUCUUGGAAAGCAAUAUUGGAGACUUAUGGUUGACAAUAAUUCUCUUAUGUUAG